AUGGGCGGUAAAGUAAAGGGCACGAAGGUAAUGGAAGCAAUAACUUUUUGUAGCAACGGGGGCCGGAGGUUAAUAUUCGGCAAUAAAGCCCGAAGGCUAACCUUUAACAAUAGCAACGGGCCGGCGUUUCGGCACCUUUUUUUUCCGCAUACAAUACGUAACGUUGCAUUAAUACCGUUAAAUUCGGUUGGUAAAAACAACCGAAAGCAUAGUAUAAAGCAUUUAGCUUCCGGCUUUCCCCUUUUUAAAAAGGGCGGGUGCUUGUUAUUGUUAAUUUUAUCCUUCGAUAAAAAGUAA